AUGCAUAUUCAGCAGUUCCAGGAAGCGCUACAGAUGGGCACAUCUGCAUUCAAGCGCAGAGACGAGGCAGGGACCAGGGGGCGGCGCAGCUCCACUGGUCCAGCCAGAGUGUGCACGGCCUGGCCACAGCACCACCACCAAGCCCGGGGGAAGGCACACAGCCCGCCUGCACAGCUCUCCAGGGCCAGUCACCGUGCACAGUGCCACGGGCAGUGUUCAGAGUGGUACUUGAUCAGAGUGGAGUUGACUGUGACAGAUGUAAACGACAAUGUCCCAGAAUGGAGCAUGGUUCCUGCUCCCUACCUUGCUGUGGUUUCACCUGAUGCCCCUGCGGGCUCGCUUGUCUACAAGCUCCAUGCCCAAGACGGGGAUGAAGGCAACAACGGUGAAGUGGAGUACUUCCUGUCAGACGGCGGUGAUGGUCGUUUUGAAGUUGACAGGAAGAGCGGCCAGGUACGGACUACAGGCCUCCCCCUGCAGCGGGACAGGGAGUACCUGCUGACAGUCGUGGCUGCUGACCGGCUGGGCAGCCGCAGUGCCCCUGCCGUUGUCUCUGUGGUUGCUGGAGCCAGGCCGCCACAGUUCUCAAACGCCUCCUUUACUAUGGCUAUACCUGAAAACACCCCUGAAGGACAGCCCUUCCUGGUUACACCUGCUGUGUCCUUCCAGAAGAAACCGAUCAGCUACAGCCUCCUCAUUAAUCCCAGCAGCCUCUUCUCCAUCUCAGCAGAGACGGGUGAGAUCAGUCUGACCCGCCCUAUCGACUACGAGAGUGACCAACAUCGCUACUUGCUGCUGGUGCGAGCAAGCGAGGGCCUGGACAGCAUGAGCAGUGCAGCAGAGGUACGAGUUGUGAUUGUCGAUGAAAACGACUGUGUUCCAGAGUUCCUCCAGUCCAUUUACAGCAAGGAUGGCGUACCAGAGACAGUGACGACAGCGACCUCCCUGCUGCAAGUGUCAGCAAACGACUGUGACUCAGAAGAGAAUGCAGAAUUGACCUAUUACACCCUGAGUCAGGACUUCACCAUUUCCCCUCACGGGACCAUCUUCCCUGUGGGGCCUCUGGACUACGAGAGGCCCAACCAUCUGUACGAGUUUGUUGUGAUGGCAAUAGACAAGGGCGAGGUCCCUCGGACUGGUACAACUACAGUGCGCAUCCGAAUGGCUAAUGUCAACGAUGCGGCGCCUGAGUUCUCCCAACAAGUAUAUCGAACGUUCGUCUCAGAGGACGCGGGCCCCAACACACUUGUUGCCACGGUGCUGGCGAAGGACCCUGAUGGGGACGGAAUCACGUACAAGAUCGCCUCGGGAAAUGAGGAAGGCAACUUUGUCAUUGACAGCCAAAAAGGUUUGAUCCGUUUACGCUCCAGCCCACCCCCUCGCCUCCAGGGUGUCGAAUACGUCCUUAACGUUACAGCAACAGAUGACAAUGCCUCAGGCGGACCUCAGGCCCUGUCAUCCACGGCCCAGGUCAUAGUGGGAGUGGACGAUGUGAAUAACAACAAACCUGUCUUUGAGAAGUGUCAGCAGUACCGAGAGAGCACGUCAGUCCUGGAGAACCAGCCGGCGGGGACGUUUGUUCUGCAGGUUCGCGCUGUGGAUGCUGACGAGGGCUCCAAUGGCAGGGUCACAUACGGCUUCAUGCACAAAGACUCCACCGUUCCCGCAUUCAGCAUACACCCUGACACUGGGGUAAUUGUGACUGCGAGGAAAUUUGACCGUGAACGCCAACGGGAGUAUGCGGUGACGGUGACCGCCACUGACCAGGCAGCCGACCCGCUGAUUGGCAUUUGUCAGCUCAACAUCCUCAUCCUGGACCAGAACGACAACAGUCCCAAGUUCGAAAACAUCCGAUAUGAGUACUUCCUUCGUGAGGAUACCAUGAUCGGGACGAGUUUCUUGCGAGUGGCGGCUCAUGACGAUGACUUUGGCACAAAUGCAGCCAUCAUGUACUCUAUGUCCAGUGAACAGCCGGAGUACCUCAGGGUCAACCCCCUGACGGGAUGGGUUUAUGUCAACCAGCCCAUCUCUCAGAGGACCUACAUCACCAGGGAAAUCAUGGCUACGGACGGAGGGAACAGGAGCAGUUCAGUGGAGCUGGCCGUCACCAUCACCAACGUGAAGAAUCAGCCUCCGCACUGGGAGAAGGACAGCUACAGCGUGGUCAUCCCAGAAAACACUGUCAGAGACACGCCCAUCGUGACCAUCAAGGCCACCUCCCCUCUUGGGGAUCCCAGGGUGACUUACAAUCUGGAGGACGGAAUGGUCCCAGAGACCAACAUGCCUGUUCGCUUCUACUUGACCCCCAACAGAGAGGACGGCUCGGCCUCCAUCCUGGUGGCUGAGCCCCUUGACUAUGAGACCACCAGAAACUUCAUGCUGCGGGUUCGAGCUCAGAAUGUCGCUGCCGUGCCAUUGGCAGCCUUCACCACAGUCUAUGUCAAUGUCACAGAUGUAAACGACAACGUCCCGUUCUUCACCUCCUCCAUCUAUGAGGCCUCAGUCACUGAAGGGGCAGAAACAGGAACUUUGGUUUUCCAGGUGUCAGCCACUGACCUUGACUUAGGUCUCAAUGGCAAGAUCUCCUACUCCCUACUGGUGGACCGCAGUGGGGACCACCAGUAUUUCCGUAUUGACCCGGAACUGGGAUUCAUCUACACUCAGACUGUGUUUGACCGUGAGACCAAAAGCUCCUAUCUGCUGGAGGUUCAGUCUGUGGACGGCUGGGAGUCAGCGCGGCCCGGCAAACAUGGACAGCCCAACUCUGACACGGCGUACGUUCGUGUUUUUAUCAGUGACGUGAACGACAACAAACCAGCGUUUGCGCAGACAUCCUAUAAAGUUGAUGUGGAUGAGGAUGCUGACAUUGGCUUUGCCAUCCUCACUGUCAGUGCCAAUGAUGGGGAUGAAGGUGGAAACGCCAAACUGCGCUACCAAAUCACUUCUGGGAACACAGGAGGGGUAUUUGAUGUGGAACCAGAAGUCGGCACUAUCUUUAUCGCCCAGACUCUAGACUAUGAACAGAACAAAAGGUACAAGCUUCAUGUGCUGGCCUCAGAUGGGAAGUGGGAAGAUUACACCACAGUGACUGUAAACGUGGUCAACAAGAAUGACGAGGCGCCAGUGUUUACUGUUAACGAAUACUACGGAAGCGUAACAGAGGAGCUGGAUGGUUCACCAGUGUUUGUGUUACAGGUAACAGCGUCUGACCCAGAUAAGGAUGCCGACCCAGAGGCCCUGCGUUACUCUCUCCACGGCCAGGGUGCAGAGAGCGAAUUUAUUAUUGAUGAGGUCACAGGCAAAAUCUACGCCCAGAGGACUCUGGACCGCGAGGAGCGCGCUGUGUGGCGAUUUGUCGUCCUGGCCACAGAUGAAGGUGGCGAAGGUCUGACAGGCUUCACUGAUGUAAUCAUUAAUGUUUGGGAUAUCAAUGACAAUGCCCCGGUCUUCACCUGCGUCCCCAGCUGCCAAGGAGAUGUGGCAGAGAACUCGGUAGUAGGGACGUCUGUGAUGGAAAUGACAGCCACGGACCAGGACGACUCCGCUGUAGGGCAGAAUGCUGUGCUCUCUUACAGGAUUGUGGGUAGUCUAGAUGGCACUAACAUUGAGGUAGGAGGAGUGCCGACUUUCUCAGAAAUGUUUACCAUAAACCCCACCACAGGAACAAUCACUGUCGCCAUGGGUGGUCUGGACCGAGAGCAGGUUGAGUCGUACCUCCUGGUCGUGGAGGCCAGAGAUGGUGGAGGGAUGACUGGUACUGGAACUGCUACCAUUCAAAUCAAGGAUGUGAACGACCAUGCUCCAAGGUUCACGGAUCACUCCUGCUUAGCAAGGAUCUCAGAGAAUGCAGACCCCAAUGCAGAGGUAUUGGAGCUUGCUGCAGAGGACAGAGAUACUGGAGAAAAUGCCCAGCUCACUUUCAGUGUUGUGUCUGGAGACCAAGAGCAGAAGUUUUACAUGGUCAGUCACAAGCAGGAGCAGCGUGGCACCCUGCGGCUGAAGAAACGCCUGGACUAUGAACGCCACAGCGAGCAGAGGUUCAACCUCACUCUAAAGGUUGAAGAUCUGGACUUUUCCAGCCUUCUUCACUGUGUGGUGGAGGUAGAGGACUACAAUGACCAUGCUCCUGUCUUCAUUCCACACUUUCUUUCUCUCGCUCCGCUACCUGAGGACAUCUCCGUUGGUACUAGUGUGGCACGUUUGGUUGCCAGUGACUCUGAUUCAGGGCAGAACCGUGACAUCACCUACAGCCUAUCAGACGACUCAGAUCCUGAGGGGCUGUUCACCAUUGACCAAUCCGGUGUGCUCUCUGUUGCCCGGCCUCUGGACCGGGAGAGUAUACCCCAACAUCACUUGAUUGUCAUAGCAACCGAUCAUGGGGUCCCACCUUUAUCAGGGAGUGCAACAGUACAGCUGCCUCUGUUGGAUGUGAAUGAUAAUGGACCAGAGUUUGAGGCAGCAUACUCCCCAAUGGUAUUUGAGAAUGUGGCAGGACCACAGGUAGUGAGGUUGAACCAAACUUCGACCCUCCUCCGAGCUGUGGACCAGGACUCUCCAGAGAAUGGCCCCCCCUUUCACUUCACUAUCCCCCCUGAGUAUCGCCACAACAAUGACUUCUACCUCCAAGACAACCUGAAUGGCACUGCCACACUAACAGCUCUGCGGAUGUUUGACCGUGAACGCCAGAAAGAAUUCCUCAUUCCUAUUAUCAUGAGUGACAGCGGCCGUCCAGCCAAAACCGUGACCACCACCCUGACAGUGACUAUAGGAGACCAAAAUGAUCAUGCGCAUGUGGCAGGGGAGAAAAAGAUAUUCAUCAAUAGUCACCGAGGCCGUAUGCCAACCACAGUGCUUGGUAAGGUCUACUCUCCUGACCCUGAUGACUGGGACAACAAGACUUACGUCUUUGAAGGACAUGUGCCAAGUUACUUUAUCCUGAACAAGAGAACAGGUUUCUUGAUCAUCAAGGAGAAUGCCCCACCUGGCACCUAUCAGUUCCAGGUCCGCGUGUCCGAUGGAAUUUGGCCCGAUGCUGUCUCCACUGUCACUGUGCAUGUGAGGGAGCUGCGAGACGAGGCCAUCUACAACUCGGGGUCCCUCCGACUGGCAGACAUCACAGCAAAGGAGUUCAUUGAACUGAGAGGGAAGCAGCGGAGCCGCUACGAGCUGCUGGUGGACUUCCUGUCUGAGAUGCUCUCUGUUCCACCUGAUGAUGUCAACAUCUUUAGCCUAAUAGAUGUGAGGGAGCGAAUGCUGGAUGUUCGCUUUGCUGUGCACGGUGGCCCGUCCUUCCUCCAGCCUGAGAAAAUGCACGGUUAUCUGGCUGCCCACAAACAAAAGCUCCAGUCAUUCCUGCAGGUCAGCGUGUUCCAGGUGCGGGCAGAUGAGUGUCCCUCUUCGGAGUGUGCCGGGACCGGCGGCUGCACAAGCUCUUUGAAUGUGCGAGACACACCCACAGUGGUGGAUUGUGGGACUAUGAGUCUUGUAUCUGUGACAGUGGAAUCCACCGCUGUGUGCUCUUGCACAGGUAGAGAGCAGACCCAUCAGCCCUGCGCCGCAUAUCCCAGAAACCCCUGCUUCAACGGCGGAGUGUGUGUGGACACACAGCACGGUUACAGGUGCCAAUGCCCAGCUCAGUUUGAAGGGCCUGAGUGCCAGCAGAACAGACACAGUUUCCACGGUAAUGGCUAUGCCUGGUUCCCUCCCAUGAUGCCUUGUUUCGAGAGUCACAUGUCGCUGGAGUUCAUCACAGAUGUGGCUGAUGGACUGCUGCUGUACAGCGGCCCCUUAGCCCAGCUGCAGACCUGGGACCACGAGGACUUCAUGGCCAUAGAGCUAAUAGAUGGGACCCCCACCUUGAAAAUCAACCAUGGCUCUGGCAUAGUGGUGCUACAGUUGCCAGGCAACGUGAACGUGGCAGACAGGCGCUGGCAUCGGCUGGAUGUCCGCAGCAACAGCAAGGAAGUGCGUUUCACCCUGGAUCGGUGCUCCGGAGCAGCAGUGAUGGAGAGGGAGGGUCUGGGCAGCUGGCUGACCACAGAGGACCACUCCUCCUGUGAGGUGACAGGCGUCACACCCAACAAUGACAGACACCUGAACAUGAGCCAGGUACUGCAGCUCGGUGGUGUGAACGAGGACAUCCCCUACAUCUACCCUCAGCUUCAGCACAAACACUUCACUGGCUGCAUCCGCAACUUCAUCGUGGACAGCAAGCUGUAUGAUUUGGGCUCCCCGGCCGAUUCCCAGUCCAGCUCCCCGGGCUGCCUGACCACCGACAGCAGCUGUGUCAACAUGGGCUAUCCGUCCUGUGGCCACCGGGGUCGCUGUCACGGCGAGUGGGGCUCCUUCAGCUGCCAGUGUGUGCCUGGGUACACAGGACACCAGUGUGAAGAGGAGGUCCCAGAGUAUUCCUUUGACGGACAUAGUAACGUGCACUACCAGUUGGCAUCCCCGCUGCCAGCCCGAAAGACGUGGGUUCAAGUCCUUGUUCGAACCCGCAAACACAGCAGCACCAUCCUCACUCUGAUCUCCAAGGAGCAGAGCGAAUACCUACGACUAGAGAUCUUCCAGGGCCUCCUCUGUGUUUUCUACAACCUCGGUGACGGAGACUACAACGUGACCCUGCCCACGUAUCGGCUGGACAAUGGGGAAUGGCAUGAGGUCCUCCUGGAUCGCCAUGACAACGAGACGACGCUGAGACUGGACGGCGGUGGAGGGCAGCGCGAGGUCACGGGAUCGCGAGGCCGGAGCAGAGAAAUCAUUAUUGACCCCAGUGUGGUGAUUCUGGGCAAUACCUUCCCAUCUGUGGUCAACAAAAGCUUCCAGGGCUGCAUGAGGGACCUACGCCUCAAUGGUCGCUAUAUGCCGAUGGACAGCCAGCCGCGAGAUGGGGUUUCCCAGGUCAGCGUACAGGGCCUCUCCCUCGGGUGCUCGUCUGAUUCCUGCAAAAAGAACCAGUGUAGCGCCCCGUUCACCUGCGUCGACUUGUGGAGAGUGCACGAAUGCAGAUGUCCUCCUGGACACAUGAUCCGAGUGAACGGGUCCAAAAAGUCCUGUGUCUACACUCUCUGCGCCACGCGGCCUUGUCACAGGGGGACCUGUGUGGCCCAGUCACCCUCCAAAUUCACCUGCCACUGCCCGGAGGGGUACAGAGGACACCACUGCGAGACGCCACUGGCCAUCUACAGGGAGGACGUGGGCCUGAGCUUCAGCUCUCUCUUCGCCAUCUGCAUCUGCUUCAUGGCCUUAUUAGUGCUGCUGCUGGGCAUUUUCCUCUACACCCGCUGGAGGAGCUACAAAGGGCUGAAGGAGGGCGUUUACCACGUCUCAGCGCACCACGACGGAUGGGAGGACAUCCGAGAGAACGUCCUCAACUAUGACGAGGAGGGAGGUGGGGAGGAGGACCAGAAUGCCUAUGACAUGGCAGAGCUGCAGAAGUCCCUCCAGCCGAGCCCGGCCCAGUCGGUCCAGUACUGCCGCUCCAGAGCCCUGCACCACCCUCCUCCUCCUCACCAUCACCACCACUUGCUACACCAGGCGCCCCCUGCCACGCCCUCCGUCCAGCCGCUGGACUCCCUCAGUCGGACAGCCAGCUCCACAACCCUGCCCCCCUCAGCAGCCUCCACCUCCUCCACCGCUACCACCACCACCAGCAUCCGCAGGGAUGUCCCCCCUGCAAGGCUCCCGGCCCAGGGCCAAGCCCGGCCCUCCCAGCUGGCGCGCCGCUCCCUGUCCUUCUCCAGCCAGGACCUGGCACGCUACCUGUGCGAGAUCAUCCGCGAUGCCGACCAGCAUCCAGACACUGGGCCUUUCGACUCCCUGCAGGUCUUCUCCACUGAGGGAGGAGGCUCGCCCGCCGGGUCCCUCAGCUCUUUCAGCUCAGCGGGGCUGGAUGGGGCCAGUGGCGGGGAAGGAGGAGGGGAGGCGAGGAGAGAGGAGACACUCGAGGAGUGGGGGCCUCGCUUUGAGAAGCUGCGGGCCUUGUAUGAGCGAGCGGAGGCCAGCGACCUCUGA